AUGGACACUGCAGUCAUCCAGGAACCUGAUACCGAUACCCUGCUCUUUAGUUCCAAGGGCUUCCGAGUGAUCCGCAUCCUCCUACGCCUGCUGUCACUAUGGCGACCGCGGUCAGCGUGCUUCUUGGAAAAGUACGUCUAUCCUGUAUUCGUAAACCUCAUGCUAUUGACUACUGGACCUAUACGUAAUUCAAUACGAGCCACAGGGAAGUCUACAUGGCUGAAUAUCGAACUGCUAUAUAUCGUUCAUGAGAUAGUUAUAUGUUUAGGCCAUAUCCUUGGUAACCUCUACUUCGCUUCUAGGGACCUGGAGACAAAUGUACUCAAGCCCUUCAGACCGCUGACCGGAAUCAAGGAACCUUUGAAUCGCGGACUCAAAAUCCUAAAUGUUGCUAUCGGAAUCUCUAUGGCGUUUUUCUUCAUAAUGCUUUACGCGCUAUUCAUAACGACACAUCUACUGUGGAGCCAAGGGGCUCAACGAUUUUCAGCUGAAUUGCCCCAUAUACGUGGCACAGUUGAUUAUAUUUUGUAUGGCUUUGUACUAUUCUCAAUUGCCCACAACCUCGGUGUAGGACUUGCAUUAUUCUGGACUUUAUCACUGCUGUAUUGUUGUUAUGCAGCUCGCUUGAAAAUUAUGGAAAAUAUUUUCCUCAAAUGGAAGCAAUCGUCAGGCGAUGCAGUCUGGUUUUUCGUAGAGAUGUAUGCACGGCCGGUGAAAAAUUCCUGGAAAGGAAUUUCGUGGUGGUUCCUCACACAUAACAUCGUAACACUCGCGAUACCGCUGUACGGCUACGAGCUGGCUCAGGCCGUUUCCGGUAGUGCAUACCACUCGAAACAUCUGCCGCAGUUUAUUUGUUACUUGAUAUUUAUCGUGACCAUCUGGCUUGCGCCUACCGUUGUGGGUGAGCUAAUAAAGGGACGAGAAAGAGAAUUUAUGGGACGAAUCAACGAUAUCUCCCCCGGGUUACUGAGUCAUUCAUUUGAUGAGGUGCAUUCCGUCAGCAAUGGGAUGCGUUCUCGUGGUGAACGAAAGAUCGACUCCGAAAGUGACGCAACAAAUCCGAUCCCUUCGAAUAAUAGUUACUUCAAAUUAACCCCCAACCCUCGCCAAACCGCCUACCAAUAUGGCUCAACCUCUACGAAAGAUUCCGACAGCGCUCGGACGCUCUCCCCUUCGUUACUGGAAGCUGAGAGUCAUUCACUUGAUGAGGUGCAUUCCUUCAGCAAUGGGACGCGGUCCCAUGGUGAACAAAAGAUCUACUUCCUUGGCGACACCGAAAGUGACACAACACCUCUGAUCGCUUCGAAUAAUGACUUAAACUUAACCCCCAACCCUCGCCAAACCGCCUCCCAAUAUGGUUCAACCUCUACGAAAGAUCCCGACAGCGCUCCGACACUUUCUGAGUCUACGCAUGGUUCCGACAACGCUCCGACGCUUUCCGAACCUAAGGAAGGUUCCGACAGCGCUCCGACGCUUUCCGAGUAUACAUUCGCCUCUCGAGGCAAAGAGUUGAGAAAUUUUCUGCGGUUUUUAAAACGAAGGACGCCCGGUUUGGUGUCGCGAGGAUAUUCGUUGCAACUGAAUUUAUCGCUCAUUUCUCUCCUUGGUGUAGCUAUCUCGUUUCUCAUUAACCUGAAUAGCACGAAUUCUGAAGAUAUGAUGUAUAGAAACUGUAACUGUACAAUGUCGUAG